AUGGCGACCCUCACAGACCCAACUAACGCCACUCGUGCAACCCCAAACAUAACCCCAGAGAAAGCAAACCUCCACAUCGGCAGCUCAAGCCUCAUCAAAGCCCCCUCCACAAAAGUCUGGGCCGUCCUAACAGAUACCUCAACCUGGCCAAGCUGGAACUCCUUCGUACCACGCGUAACAAUUCGCUCCCAGCCAACUCCAUCCCCAACCCCGACGUCCGCACCAGACCCAACACCGGCAUCAACAUCAACACAACCCCCUAAUACAAACCAGACUACAACCCUAUCCCCAAUCCUCCAAAAAGGAACGAGGCUCACCUUCCACGUCCGUAUGGACCCAACCUCAACCUCCACAAAACCACAGGCUGCAACAGAUGUUCAACUCCUUGUGACUGAGUGCCGCCCCCCGAAUGCAGAGACAGGCGAGGCCGGUCGCAUCGUGUGGGCUUCUGAUACCGAUGCACCAGGCGCGAUGGCGCCGUCACUAUUGACUGCGGAGCGGGUACAUGAGCUUACGGACGUGGAGGGUGGUACAGAGGUGCGCAAUUGGGAAGCACAGGUUGGGUGGCUGGUUUAUGUGGUACGAUGGAUGUACGGGGUGAAAUUGCAAGCGAAUUUCGAGUUAUGGGUUGCUGAUUUGAAGCGAUUCGUUGAGCAAGAGUAA